ACAUAUUUCCAAGUAUUUACGUCUUCUAAGAUUGUAAUAUUUGGCACCCGUGCUUACGACUUACGAGUCUAGUGGAGUUGUUGGGCUUAGUAUAGUUGUUUCAGUGUGCAAUUUAAUUUCACUGUAUGAACAUUAUACUUAAAGCAAUAAUGAAAAUAGGAAAUUUUCUACUUAUAUGAAAUAUUAAUUUGAAAAAGGUUAAUAACAUAUUUAUAAAUUGUGCCACUUGAACUUUUGCGUCUAAAAACUUAACAGUUUGUGGAAGCCUUUGCUAAUGCUCCUAUUUACAACAUUAUUGAAAAAACAAAAUAAAGUUAAAAUAUGGAGUGGGUUCAUCGUAGUCCACAGAUCCAUAGUACUUUCAGCAAUCUCGGAUUUACAAACGGAGAUGGAUAUCACAUAAAUGAAAAUUACAAUGCCGUUUUGGAAUCUAUUCUGCAGAAUAUUUUAACGGAAGACAAACAACUUCGUUCAUAUCGCAGAAGCAUAAAUUUCGGUCAAAACAUUAAGAAGGAUCUUAUCCCACUCUUAAUAAACACCAAAGAUGAUAAGACCAUAGUUUUGGUGAUAAAAAUAUUGGUUAAUCUAACGAUUCCAGUAGAAUGUCUGCUGUCUUUAGAUUCAGUUGGCAGAACGGAUGUAGGCAGACAUACUAUUUUUGAAAUUAAUAAUUUGCUUACUUCCACCAAGGCAGCAAUUACAGACCAUAGGGUAACGAAAGUUGUAAUCGAUUUCUUAAAGAAGAACGCCGAAAUAGACCAGAGUUCAAAGCUCAGUAGUGACGAAUGCACUAAUAUCAGCAACGGUCUGCUCUUACUACGCAACAUUCUACACAUACCAGAGGAGAUCAAUAACCCAUCUUACAAUCCUCGUACCGUUCAAAAUCAGAUACUAUGGAAUUUGUUCAGCCAAAGUAUCGACAAGGUCCUUAUAAAAUUGAUGAACAUCACGGACGCGAUCAACUGGGGUGUGACGAUGGUGCAGAUAAUUGCUCUGUUGUACAAAGACCAGCACGUGACUACUCUGCAGAAACUGCUUAACCUCUGGUUAGAGGCUUCCCUCUCUGAGAGUUCCGAAGACAAUGAAAGUAAUACUUCACCACCUAAUAGAGGUAGUGAUGAUUCAUCGCCAAUGCUGACGUCCGAUCCUACAUCCGAUUCAUCAGACGCGGGCGCCAGCGGCAAAAGCAAUGGAGAACAAAAUUCGGUCAAUAACAGCUGGGAUAGUUCGUCAAGAAAUAACAGUGAUAACGGAAAACCGUCGUUUGAUUCGCAAAAAGAAAAUGAACUAGCCAACGAUUCAUCUGAAUCCAACGAAAAUAAUAUGUAUAUAGGCAAUUCUAAAGACAACCUAGAAGAGUCUAGCAGCAACGAUAACAAUCACAUCUCAAAUGAUCACUCAAACUCGCAUAAUAUGAAAAAUAACGAGAAGAAAACUAUUAUAUCAGAACCAUCUGAUUGCGGUUAUGGAACUCAGAUAGAAAACCGCGAAUCGAUAUCCACAUCCAGCAAUGAAGAUGAACUGCCUACCACAAAACCAGUACAUCAAAAGCCUCAUAACACCAAACAGAGGACCAACAACAAAGUUCGCGCUGGCGUAACGCUUCAGGACAGGAAGAGAAAGAAGAUCGUCAAACGAGGAAAAGCCAAUAUAAUUAACGUCCAAGGUCUACUACACAAUACGCCAACAGACGAUGACAUAUCAAAUGUUUUAAAGGAAUUUACAGUGGACUUCCUUCUAAAGGGCUAUAACUCGUUAGUUAGGACUCUUCAUACCCAGAUCCUCACUAAUGUGCAACUGGAGAUAGAUACUUCCCAUUUCUUUUGGCUCGUCACUUAUUUCCUUAAAUUCGCUACUCAAAUCGAAUUGGACUUAGAGCAUGUAUGUUCGGUACUGUCAUAUGAAAUAAUUCUCUAUUUAACUGCUGAAGGAGUCAACUUAUGCGAGCAAUUCGAGUUGGCCAUCAAGUUGGACGGAAGUGACUUAAAGCCGAGUAUAAGGAGGUUACAUUUGGUGGUGACAGCGAUUAGGGAAUUUGUUCAGGCCAUUGAAGUUUACAAGAAGUCUGCACAUCUCAGUAGCAACGAUCAGGAGAAGCUUCUGAAGCUUCAGAUGAAGAUGGCGCAGACAGAGGAACUGCGAUCACUGUUAGUGCUGCUCCUGAGACACUAUCAUCCGAAGUAUCAUUCAAAACAAUAUCUUCAGGAUUUAAUAGUGACAAAUCACAUAUUGUUGAUGUUCCUGGACAGUGUCAUGAAGUUACCUCAGUAUGAAGGACCCAACACUAUGGUGGAUCAUAUAAAGCAGUUCGCAUCACCAGAGAUAAUGCAUCAAUACGGUCUCCUGUUAGAGGACUAUGAAGGUAACGGUGGAUUCGUGAAUGACUGUAUCUUCACUCUGAUGCAUCAUGUUGGAGGAGAGCUGGGCAGUCUCAUAUCACUGUUCCAGCCGAAGAUUUUGAAGACAUUCACAUCCAUAUGGAAAUCUGAAUUCGAAAUAUGUGACGAUUGGUCUGAUCUGAUUGAAUACGUUAUAAAUACGUUUAUCAAAAAACCGUAUAAGUUACAAAACUAUUCAAACAUACAACUGGAAAUGGAGAUUUUCGACGACGACAUGAAGCCUAAAGAAAACCUUAUUGAUCCUGAACCUGCGCCGGAGAUAAUAUCCGUCAUGAAGAAAGUAAAUGAAAAUGAAAACAUUACUGAUGGCUGGAACGAAGAGGAGAUAUCUUCAUUGAAUUGGAACUACAUGCAAUGUAACACAGCGGUGGACGUGGUGGAAGAAAUCCUGAGGAUGUUGAAGGAGGACGGCAUCGUCAAGACGAGGGAGUCCAUCAUAAAGGAGCUCUACAGGCAACUGAUCAUCAACAAGGAGGAAUUCGAGGGAUUGUCUAAAGUAGACAGCGAUAAGAAUUCAAAGGCCAUACGAGAUAAGAGGGAGAAUGAAAUCGGUAAAUUGUGUGAACAAUUGAGGCAGGACGGGAAGUCGCUGUUCCUGGAUUGGGUCCAGGCUGUUCUGUUGGAGACGUGUUUCGCCAAAAUACACGUUAAUAAGAUCGAGGUGGACCGCGUGCGUCAGAGCAGCUACACCACGCAGGACGCUCACAGGCACGUGUUCGACACCAUGCUGAAGAGGAACACCGACAUGCCGGUCAUCUCGCCCGUGUCGUAUCACUCGCUGUUGUUAAAUCAAUCCGUUCCCCUGGUUCCGUGGAACAAUGAACAAGCGGCCGUCUGUAAGGACUUGAAGUUCCUGCAACUCGCACAUAAGCUGGGUUUCCAUAUGCCAGUGGACACGGGGAAAGUUUUAAUAAGAAUACCAAACUUUUGGACCCCUGAUUUCCUUUACGAAGUGGCUGAGAAAAUAUCACCUAUCAAUAAAUCCAAGCUGAGGUUUUCUCUCAGCGAUAUAAACGCCUGUGGUGGUGGGGGCGGGUGUCAGGCGCGCGGCGUCCUCUCCGAGCCGCCUCCUGGGACACACGACUACUUCCAAAUACACAAACAGAAACACGUCGCUACCAUCGUUAACUUCACGCCCAUGCCCGGACCAUCUUUUUCAACUACAGACGAGGACUAUAAACCCAACUGGUUGGAAAUGGUCCAAAAGUCACAGGAAUACAAAAUAACUUUGGAUUUAGGAAAAUCGAUAUUAACUGAGGAGGUAGUUGUAUCCAAGUCGUCGGUGGAGGCGCCCCCUGUGGCAGUGCUACCGCCGGCCUUAGUGCUACCGUCCGCCAUCAACAUGAAGCAGGACGGCAGCGGAUACGUCAAUAACGACUCGGAGUACAAUAGUGUGUGCGAAACGGCGUCAGUGGCUUCAGACCUGACCCGCAUGUACGUGUCUGAUGAGGACGACAAGCCCGAGCCGCUGAGACACGUGAAGCCCCGCGACCUCGCCCCCGACGACGCCUCCGCCGAGAAGAGACCCAGAGUACAGUUCACAGAACACUUCUAACUUUAAUAUAAUAUUAAUUAGAUUAUUUAUAAGUGUCCGAUCAGAUAACUACCAGUAUCACAAGUUAGCAGCGUCACACUACACACGAAGCGUUUUCAGUUUUACCUAAAUGUAACUUGUAUAUCAUGGGAAUGAAUUUUGAAGUGAAACUUCUUAUGCGCCUUCCAACGAGGUUGCGUUAACCGUUUAACUCUCCCGAGGGGGAGUAUAAAAAGAGAAAGAGAGAGGAAAUGCUUGGCCCCUGAACGCUUGCGGGAAAUCAAUUGUGACUUGUAAGUAAUAUUAAUAGAGUUUGUCUUAAGAACAUAAAAAAAUCCUUAAAAAUAAAUUUCUACCCCUUCCUAUUUUCAUACCAACAUGACGAAGUUUCACUUCUUCCGCGCGGAGAGAAUCCACGCACAGUUAUUAUUACUUUUUUUAAUUAUAAUCUUAAAAAACGUUUUUAUUUGACCAUGCAAACUUUUGGUAAGGACACAGAACUAUAUUGUCAUUAAUUUGCGUUAACCAUUAUUACUGAUGAUUUAUUGUUUUUGUUUCUGUAUAUAUUUUAUGUUAUCAAGUUUAAUUGAAAAAUUAUUUUUAAUUUCAUAAAUAUUUCGUAGCCCAAAUAUGUAUGUACAAACUUGCAAGCUGUUAGGUGUUAAGAUAAUUUACAUAUAUUCUGUUUUGUUUUUACUUGAUCAAUUAAUAAAAUUAUUAUUUAACCAUCGAGUUCGCAUUAAUAGUCUCACAGACAAAAAACAAUCAUUUUUAUAGAAGCUCUUCACCCCGAUCUUUUUAAUAUUAUUUAAUGACUACUGUGUUUUAAAUGGUCUGUCUUGUAUUCUACGGUUGACAUUAAACAUCAUAAGUACCUUUGAUUUCAGAUUUUUUUAUGAAAUCUCGAGAGAAUAGAAUAGUAAUGGAAGCACCUUUUUAGUGGUCCCUCAUAGCAUUAAUGUUAUAUUAUACUGUGAUAGGAUAAUAGAGUUUGAAUUUAUUAAUAAGACUAUGAUUUAGCAUUAAAUAUUUUUUUUUAUCUGUA